UGUGUGUAUUUCAGCGUUGUUGGUGGCAUUUUAAGCGCGAUGGAUUCAACCGAUUCAAUGGUCGACCCUCAAGCGGAAGUUCAAAAGUUGCAAGACCUUGUAAAGAAGCUUGAGAAACAGAAUGAAGUGUUACGUGACCGACAAAAACUUCAACUUGAGUCAUUGCAAAAUGGGGAAAUAGAACCAGUGAAGUUUUUGCCAAACCAUAACAAUAAUAUAUCAGAUAAAUAUAACAUUGACAAAUCUAGGACGAAAUCUGAUUCUAGUGAUGCUUUUGAAGAUGAAGUAAUAGACCUAGAGAAACUUUCCUUAAAGGAUGAUGAAGACAGUUGGCUGUACUCAUCACCCAAGCCCCCUACGCCCUUACAGUCUCGAGUCAGUCCAUACAAAUGGGUGCGACAGGAGUUCGACCAUCCGAGUCCAGAGGUGGAAUCUGUUCGCAAAUCCCUCAUCCACAGACUUGAUGAGGCAGCACGCAGAGAAAGUGAGGAUGCCAUGUCAAGGAGUUGUAGUACGCCUGCUUUCCAGAGCCUGACUACACCCUCCCCUACACGAGGCUACUCACCAAUGAGCCAGUCUGCUGACAGUACUCCUUUGUAUAACCAUAAGCCUGUGGUCAAAAAGACACAUGCAGGAAAAAUCAGUCGCCUUGACACAGGAACAUUCACACGCCCAAAGAAAAGUCGAGAACCUCCGCCUCCUAUUGUUACCCAAGGAAGCUGGAGUAGUCAAGAUGAUUCACCGCGGAGCGCUGACAGUUACCGUGACGAUGACAAACAACAUCCUGAUGUGGCAGACAUUGAAAACCUUGCAAAACAGCAGGAAGAGAGUUUGCGACAGAGUUUGAGCCAGACCCAAUCAUCUCCACGGAGAGGAAAACGGUCUCGGCAACCUGCUCAAUCUGUUGCCGGGGGUAACAAUGAUAUAGAUAACAGUGCCUCAAAUAUGGGUUCAAAUCGUUCCAGUCCCUGUAGGCAAGAUGGUGAGCGUAGGAAUAGUCAGACUAACAGUAUAGGGUCUGACAUCAGUAGUCCUCCUGACAGUCCUUAUGGAAGUCAAUACCUGAAUCCUCAAAACCAAGGAGAAGCUACUGGGUUACGGAGGAAUUUACCAAAUGUCUCACGGAUGAACCAGCCACCUGGCUUUCACUCCAGUGACCCUUACCUAGACAAUAAUUCGUCUGGGGGUAGUGAUGACUGUGAUCGUACAGCUCCAGAACCUCGCCAGUUAUCACGCCUACAACCACAGGUGCGACCUGCUUCUCCAAACGUCAGUGGGCUGAGACAGCCUAACCAGGUGCGGCGGGGCCUUUCUCCACAGAGGACUGGGCUGCCCCAACCUGCCCGCAGGUCCAUACCACGCCCUGGGAGUGCAGGGGCAGCUGGAAAGUCUGGAAUAGCCACACCUAGGAGAUCAGCCAUACCUUCCCCGCGACCGGUUGCUGCCUCGAGAACCAGCGAUGAAAGCUGGAAGGAUGGCUGUUUCUGAUGGACGGAGUACUGUGUAUGUUGCUCUGAAACUGACAGCAGAUGGUCGAUGGAUCUGACGGUUUUGCAUAUAAACAGUAGUAGACAAUCCCGAAAGGGCAUAUUUUUGUGAUUUGUUUCAAAGUCAGUUUUAAUGAGUCUUUUUAUGUAUGAAAACAGCAGUAUUGUUUGGUUUUGAAGAUUUUUACAUGAAAUGUAACUGAACUAUGAAGACUGAUCCUUAAUGUACAUAAAGGCUGUCUGAACAAAUCAAUAGGAAUGAUUGGUGUUAUCUGAGUUUUGAUAUUGCCUCGGCUGUAAGCAAAGUUGUCAGACCACGAACUGGUCACUACCAGAAUGACCAGUAUCUACAGGAUAACACAAGGAAAAGGCAUUAAGGAAAGCAGAGCAACAUCGAAUUAAGAAGUGACAGAAAUUAAACAUCUGGUUUUAUCAUCAUUUUAUUAGUAGAAUGCAAUCAUUACUAACGAUGUUGACUGUGCAAUACUUUCAAUCAGAAAUUUAAACCAGAAAUCCUCCCGGCUACUUCCAAUCACUCACAUACUUUGCUUCAUAAAGUAGGCCUUUAUCAGACUUAUAGAAAACACUGGUGCUGCAGAGUGUUGUGACACCAUACUGGAAACAUGCUAUCCAACAGGUAGAUUCAGAAAACACUUGCUACAAUCAAUUUCAUUUUCAGAGAAAUUGUAGAUUAUCGUAAAACCAUCUUGUUGUGUAUACUGGCUUCAAUUCAUCGUGAUAUGUUUGGAGUUCAGUUCGUUUUCUUCGUCUAUUUUGAUUGCUACCAGAAUGGAUUGUAUAUUUAAGUCUGUAUUCAUGCAGUUAUUAAUAUGAUCAUUUAAGUUUUCCAACUCUACCACUUUUCCCUGUAAAAAGUGUGCCCUUUUGUCUCUAAGCUUGCUUUUUUUCUCUGAGUGGUUCAUGCAUUUUUGUGAAAAACCAUAAUGAGUUUUAGUUUUUAGUGCAACAUAAACAGAUUUCUCUUUAGCAACAAUAUUACUGUUAUAGCAACUAAAUGAAAGAAAAAUUGUAUUAAGAAUACUGAUGUACAGAAGGAAGGGGAGAUAACUUAGUUUGUAUGACAUAUGUCUAUGAACUGUAGUUAGGCCAGUUAUGAGACAAAUGAUCAAAACUACACGGGUAAUUGUUUGUUACAUGUAGCUGUAGUCUAAGUUAAUGUCAUUAAUAUGUAGAAAAUUCCACAACAAUCCUGACUGUACUGAAUUAAGGGUACCCACCCCAUCCCGGUAAUUUUAUUAAAAUUGUAUAUUAUGUAAAUAAACUGUCAUGAUAAAUCUGAUUAAGAUAAAUUAACAACCUGUUCUGAUGUUAAACAGGAAUAUACAAAACAGCAAAAUACAAAGAAAAAAUUAAUUCUUAUAAAUAUAACAAAAGAAAACCGACCCAGAAACAAACAAGACGUAAACAAAAACCUGAAGGUGUUUGCUGUUUAUUAUUCUAUUAAGUAUAAUGAACUAUCAUUUAUUUAUAGUUGAAUUGUCUAAAUACUAACAUUAACUGUGGUCAGUACACAGAUUCUCUUAUUACUGUAUUCAUUCUGCAAUACUUUGUAAUUAUCUCAACCAUAUCUGAUGCUGUUCAGUGGAGUCUCUGUUAUAGACCCGCCCACUGACUGAAACAAAGGGUUGAUGCUGUUUAGUGGAGUCUGUGUUACAAACCCGUCCACUGACUGAAACAAAGGGUUGAUGCUGUUUAGUGGCAUCUCUGUUAUAGACCCGCCCACUGACCGAAACAAAGGGUGGAUGCUGUUUAGUGGAGUCUCUGUUAUAGACCCGCCCACUGACUGAAACAACGGGUUGAUACUGUUUAGUGGCGUCUCUGUUUUAGACCCGCCCACUGACUGAAACAAAGGGUUGAUGCUGGUUAUUGGCAUCUCUGUUAUAGACCCGCCCACUGAUUGAAACAAAGGGUGUACCUAUUGGUCCCCUAUGAUUAUUGCAGGAUAAAGACAGUAAUAUGAAGUACAAGAUUACGAAGACAAACAUCAUUACAGUUAAUUAGGAAGAUUGUUGCCAUAUAUUUAUAUAUAAUCAUUAUUAUAGAAUACUUUGGGUAAGUGAUAUUUUAGACAUACCAUGAUUCAUUGAUUUGUGUGAACAUUUAAUAGUAAAAUCAGGAUUUUAAUAAUUUCAUUCUCUAAGACCAGUAUGCUGUGUGGAAUUAUCAAAAGUUAAAUUUAGUGUUUUGGUUAUGAUUUCAGUAAUUUUCAUGACAGUUUGAUCCAGCUUUUAUGAAACUUCUUGAGUCCUGAUAUUUUUUUUAUCUGACAGAGAAAUAUUGCAAAAAGGGUAACAUAGACAUAAUGUGAGCAAAUAUAUAUACAAUCAUAUGAAUAGAGUUUGCCUUUCAUUGUUCAGCAACUUGUGAUAUUCAUUUGUGUGUGCAUGGAGUACACUGUACUGAUCGUUUCUUUAGGCCAUGUUUCAUUCUGAAAAGUUUGGCGGAUGUAACGGUAUGGUAUUGUAUUGGUAAAGACUGCAUGGAUCUGCUAUUGAAGAUUAAAAUGAUUUUAUGCUGCUGAAUAGGACUCGUACACAUCAGCUUUAUUUUAACAUUGUACCAACUUCUGAUUUUGGAUGGAAUUUAGUGAAAUUGUUGAAGAAAUACCAUUUCCCCCAAAAAAAAAAUGAAAAGAAAGAAAAUUAAAAAUUAAAGAACUUACCCAACCCCAUACCCCAAAAAGAAAAAAGUUGACGAAACAUGUGAUAUGUAACUGUUAAUGUGCUGCCAUUAUGUAAUUGUAUAAGAAAGCCUCUCCAAUGUGUAUAUGUGUACGAGACAAGAAACACUUUGACAUUACCGUUUUGUUGUACAUAAUCGUGUUAACAUGUUAUGCUCAUGUUUUGACUCGCUCCCUUUGUAUGUUAAGCUCGGUAAUGUAGAGCUAGUCUCUCAUUGUGAACAUAUGUUUAAAAAUUGUGGUGAAUGUUGAAUGAUUGAAGGGAGGCAACUAGAAACACUGGUGUUAAUAGUCGUUUGUAAAUUAUUAUUGUGCAUUUUAUAUCAACCUAUUGUCUCAUUUUGUAUAUUGGUUUGUCCUUAUUUUGUUAUAUCUGAUGGGCUAAAUAUACUUUAACGAACAUGAAUUACACUUUUUGUAAUCAGUUGAAAUCACAAUUUAAUUGAAACAGGUGAUUAUGAUAUGUAAGUAAAACCCAAGAAAUAUUUUUGGCUGAAGGAUGGUUAUAUUUAAGUAUGGAUGUCUUUCUCCUUUCCAUUCGGAGUCAUCCCUAAAAAUGUGAAGUUUCACUUUUAUUUAUUAGAAUGUGAAAGUGUAAUUUUUAUUUGGAGUCUAAUCGUGAUUUGAAAUAUUCUGUAGCUGUAAUGUCAAACACAUGCCUGCUUUUAAUUUAGUUUUUUGUUAAAUUUCAUGUCAAUUUCAUUGAAUGUUUCACAGAUUAUAAGAUAAAAGCAUUUGGUUGGAUUUUAGAUUUCUGACCUUCACAAAGUGGCUUCAAAUUACUAUUAGAAGUAUCCAAGUUAUUGUAAAGAAUUUCACUUAAGAAUGUAUUAGAUACUGUAAACUUACAUCUUUUAGUGGUUAUGUUAUUUUAGCAUUUUGGUGCUGAAAAUAAUGCGGUACAGUAUGAUUGCAUUUUCUGAAUGUUACUCGUAUAGCAAUCAUAGCGGAUGUGCUAAUUCAUCAUUGCGCUUAUUCCAAAAUGUGAUCAUGAUUAUGCGCCAAAUGAAGUCCUUUUACAGUAAUUCAAUUCAAACUCUUGCUCAUCUUGCCAUGAAAAUACUUUGAACCAUCUGUAGGAUACUGUAAGUACAUAUUGCAUGAAAGAGGUUUGUAAUUUUUCCCCCCACACUUUUUAAGUUUUAUGUACUGAAAAUGGAUGGAUGAGCAUUUUGCUGUAGACAAUUAGAUAUUUAUAUAAAGAUGUCAUUCUACUGAAAUUUAACAAUAUUGUACUUUGAUUUUAAAUAUGAAAAAAAGUUCGGGUUGUAUUAUUUAGGUCUCUGAUUCUGUCAUCCAGAUUUAAAAAAAAAAAAAAAAAAAACAAGAAAAAGAACGUGCACUAUGUAUGACAUGUUUGAUGUUCUUGAAGUGAUAAUUGAUUAUCACCGACACACAUACAUGUGGAUAUCGUGGCACAACAAUUAGUAUAGGUUGUAUAAUACAGUGUAAAAUUACAACUGAAAGUUUUUAAUAUAAAAAAAAAGAAAUGGAUGACUGGAGAUGUAAUUUGUCUUCUAUUAUGGUGUUUUGAUAUGCAGUAAAAUGAUAUACUGGUAAACAUAUUAUUGAAGGUCUGAGACUGAUAUUUGUAAUACUGGUGUACUUUUUGUAUACAGAUGGAGAUAGGUGUUACGCUUCCAAUUUCAACAAUAUUUCAAAAUGCUAAGAAUCGAUAAUUACUCAUCAUUACAUAUAAAAAGUCUAUUGUGGAAUUUAAACGUAGAUAUAUAUAUAACUGGAGCUAGGAACUUGUUACAGGAUCAGUUUAACAGGAACAUCGUGUGUUUGUGUAGCAACAGCUAGUGUUUUUAUGACUACUUAGACUAAGGAUGCUGGUAUCAUGAAUUCAUUUAGUCCAUUAUUUAUAAACUAAUAUGUUACAUAUCAUUUCUGUUUUGUUGGCAGUGUUUGUACUUCUCGUUAUGAGUUUUAAAGAUGGUGUAAAGUUACUUCCGUACAUACAGUCUAUAUAUAUCACAGAGCACACAUAAUGUAUAAUGCCAGACAUAGGGAAAUAGCAGCCCUGUGUGCAGCAUUACCGCAGACCUAUACAAGGUAUCAGUCUUUGGCAAUAUCAGUAUAGGCGGGGAGAAACCAAAAUUUUCAUUUCCACUAACCAUCUGUAUGAUUUGUGUGUCAGGAUGCAAGCAGAAUAUUUCAAUACAUAUGCCAGACUGAAUUAGGCAAUAAAAAGUCUCCUUUACUAAUGAUAAAGACUGGAUCUAAAAAACAUAUUGUCUUAGUAUUAUGAAUUCAGAGAUAAAUAUUGUAUAUUUGUAAUAUUGCCCUUUAUGAAUUGAUAAGAUGUACAUUUUUUUUAAAUGAUUAGCUUUUAAAGCAGGGAAAGUUCCUAUUGUCCCUUCCCAAGUCAUGGAUACCUUACUGCUUGGAUACUACUAAAGUUUUAGCUUUAAUUUGCAUUAAUGCCAAGCACUUAAAAUUGUAUGGAUGAGACAAUGCUAUUUAUGGAAAUAGUGCUUUUUUACUUGAAUUAUGCACACUUUGUUUUAUGAAAUCUGAUUUACAUUGUUUAUAUCCACUAAAGUUUGGAACAUUCUGUAUGUCCUGUAGCUACGUCACAUUUAAAUACCUGCUUUCUGUGUGUCAGAUAUCACUCGUCAUGUGUGCUGCCUAUGUGAACACAUUCUUUGUCACAGUAAGGAAAUUUAUAUUAUUUUAAUCACAUGAUCUCAUUAUUGUAGGUAACACAUUUUUAGGAGCCAUGAAACUGUCUGUGAUGAUUUCAAAGUGAUGUGACCUAGAGUAUUGAGUAAGUUAGGACAACUCAGGGUCGGAUGAGACAGAGACAAAGAGAACGUAUCACAAAUAAUGGUGACUGUACAAUUCAAUGCUAACAGACAAACGCUCUAUAUGUCACGGACAUUUUCACUCAAUUUCAAUGUGUACCAUGAAAUAUUCCAGUAAAUAUUGUGAUAUGACAAGAAUAUUUGUAAAAUAAUUUUGGUGUGAGUUGGCAUUAAUGGACAAAUUCAUGGCUUCAUAUGUUUUACUAUAUAUGUUCAAAUCCUUUCAUUUUAAUCACCGAGUCCGACUCUUGGUUGUCUCAUGGUAAAGGGACUGGCUGGUCUGUGAAAUCACACCAUUACACCCCAGUGUGGCAUUUCUAACUAUAGCAAAACAUGUCUGGAACAUGCAAUAUUUAUCAAAAUAAAUAUAUUUGUGUACACUCUGAUUAGCAUAGAAAUAACACAGGCAAAUUUUGAUAUGUGAAAUUUUCAAAGAAACACGCCAUUGAGGUAUUCUGACAUUUAUAAUUGCUGUCCAUAUAAUUGUUAUUUCAGUUAAAAUUUCUGUAUUUUGAACAUUAAAAGAAGAAUCGUUUUUAUCAAUAUUAUAUGUUUACAUAUAUUAAGCCAAUUUUUUUUAUUAUUAAUAUAAUCGGGAUUUGAGAUCACUAACAUCAGUGUUUUAGCGAUAGUAAAAUUUACUCCUAGUGCAGCUAUCUGGCUUUACUUUAAAAUAUUGAAGACACUACCAUCGGCAUUGGCAGAGUUAAUGUUCAAUAAAAGAUUAAAACACCAGUAACAGCCUAUCUGUAAGAGUGUAUUCGGACUCGGUGAUUGAGAUAUGUUACACAUAUGUGGCCUGUUAACUGCAUAGUGUUGGUGACCUAUACUUUAAUCAUUGUAUACAAUGGUGGAAGACUAAGUACAUACCGUUAGUAGAGAUAUACCGAGAAAACCUCUGUAUAAGAACAAAUGUAUUAUAAAUAUGGCAGUGACGAGGCUUCAUCAGCUUUGUCAUCAAGUCACAUGUCUAAUAAACAUGUACUUUUAAAACCCUC